GUUAUGGUAACAGCGCUGACAGCAAUGUGUUUUAGAAGUGUUAGGGUGAGGGUUAAAUUGUUUUCAAUACAGGUGCACGUUGAGGGCCAGGCAGUCAGGUACAGCACAUGCGAGUGCCCAAUCGGCAGAGACAAGUGCCAUCAUAUGGCAGCUUUGUUGAUUUGGGUUGAGAAAAAUGUGUCCCGCACCGACGUGGAAUGUGUGUGGAAGAAGGCCAACGCUCCGAAGGGGGACGACAUUGCAACCAAGAGAGUGUCAGAGAUGACACCAUCCACAACACGAGCUGGCAUCAAAAGACCUGUCACCCAGGAGGACAAAGAAUGGGCUCAGGCAUCCUUGUUACAGCUUGGGCGUUUUACAGGGAUGGGGUGGAUUUUGAGUCCAGAGACACCUCAGACUCUCCCAAUCAAGAUGUUUGAUGGGCUGGUGACCAGCCCAGGUUUUGUCCAAGCUGAGGACAAGGCUCUAUAUGUGCUGUCAAUGCUUGCUGUCAAUGAUCAGGAGAAGCAGCAGAUUGAGGAAGCAACUGUUGGCCAGGCUAAGAACUCAUUAUGGUUUACAUAUCGCAAGAAAAGGAUAACAGCAAGUAACUUUGGUUUGGUCUUGGCAGCAGUCAAGCGGAAGUCUUACCCGCCUUCCUUAUUCAAAACCCUGCUUGGCCAGUACAACCUCAAAGAAGGAUCUAAAGUAAGCUGUAGUUAAUAAGUGAAUAUUUAAAAUGAAGGCAUCUGUGUCUAAGAAUACACUUAUUAAGACUCAGUGGUAUUUGUCCCCUACCCCCAAGGCAUGUGAUUGGGGAAUCCUGCAUGAGCCAAGGGCAAAGCAGGAAUACACUGAGCGCACUGGUGUUGUUAUACAAGAGAGGGGACUGUUCCUGUCUGAUAGUGGCCUGCUUGGUGGAUCUCCUGAUGGCACGGUGUUUGGAAACUGCGUGAUUGAAGUCAAGUGU